GUAUUCUGAUCCUGUAAAGAAACGUCUAUAAUUACCGGUAUUGGUGACGACCAUAAGCUCUGAAGAAUCUCGCAAGCAUGCAGGUUCCGGAACUUCUGCAUAUGGUAUGAUUCCGCCGUGUGAUCAUCCAUCCCACGUGCCAGAUCUGAGCCCCCCAGAGCGUUUCGCGGCAGGUCUCGAUGUCGUUCGCGACGCGUGCUCUAGUCUCGCGGGCCGUUCCUCUCCGUUGAGAUCGAGAUUGGUUGAGCGGGCGCGACUAUAGGGUAAGACUCUCGCUCAAAGGGUUGAGAUAUGGGGUGUGCGCGGGUUGUGAUCGCCGCCACUGCGGUCGCGCUUGCGGUUUGGGCGCAAUGGACUGGGGCUAACGCGGUACUCGACAGGGGACUGACUGGGGACCUAGAAGAAGUGAUCAAGAAAGACAGCUUUAUAGUAUCAUUAAAAGACAUAAAACCGAGGAAACGAUCCAGAGAAACCUUAUUCGCGGUAGAUUUUCCAGGAGCGGAGCAUAAGUUUAUGUUGUUGAUAGAAAGAAAAACUAGUCAAGUGAUCGUGGAGACAUUUGAAGACGGCAGAAAACGUGUACAACACUUCACGGUUGACACGCUUCAUGAUGAUAGCCACAUCAAGUCACUGAUUCUGGCAGUAAACCAAACACACCCAGGUGCCCAUGCCACGCUCUACAUAGACUGCAUUUCUUACGGCAUGGUUGCCCUACCUAAAACCCUCAGGGACAUGUUCAGCAGUAUGAGGGAUCCUAAUCUAGAAGUGUUCCACGAGAAGAAGUACCCAGUAGAGAUCAACGGUCAUCGAGAUGUAAGAAUAGUGCUCAGCAAAAACGGCUGUCCGUUACCUCUAUACUCAGAUGUGGACAGGAAAUAUGACCACAUGUACAAGGAAGAUCUAGUUAGAAGCAAUGAUUUAAUGGGUCAUGAUCCAAACAUUCAAGCCCAACAACCUGACAUGCCCUACAGGGGAGACAUUCCGCUAGUUCAUAGGAUAGAUGAUGUUGGUAUCCUGGAGGCCCUGAACAACUUAAUCAAAGUAGUAAACCUGGAGGUCCGUAGGUGUGAAGCAAGCCAGCGAGCCUUGGAAGACCUGAAGCGUAUGUUGGAAGAGUGCGAUGUAUGUAGACCCAGACAGGUGGUGCUCCCAAGCUGUGCCACUCAUCCUCCCAGGUGCUUCCCAGGAGUUGAAUGCCAAGACACUCCGCAAGGUCCCAGAUGUGGUUCCUGUCCUAGAGGAUACUUGGGCGAUGGUAACACGUGCACCCCAGGUCGCACGUGCGCCGAGAAUCCAUGUUUUCCAGGGGUAGAAUGUUACGACACCCCUACAGGAGCACGAUGUGGCCCCUGUCCAAGAGGCUACGAAGGCAAUGGUGAGACCUGCAGAAGGAAGGAUCCAUGUCAACACAACCCGUGUGCACCAGGUACUAGGUGUACACCAAUCGAAGAACAUCCUUACUAUAUGUGUUCCGGGUGUCCCGCAGGACUUACUGGCAAUGGAUCACAUUGUGUUGAUAUAGACGAGUGUGACCUUAUCCAACCGUGUGAUCCCCGUGUUCGAUGUGAGAACCUAAACCCUGGCUAUCGUUGUCAUCCAUGUCCUCCAGGCUUCAAACCAUCUGGAAGCGAGCAGGGCAUCGGCAUUAUGGAAGCUGGAGUCAGGCAUAGAUGUAUUGAUAUUGACGAAUGUGCAGAAUACAGGCCUUGUGUAGAACACACCGAUUGCAUCAACAAUGAGGGUUCCUACUACUGCAGUGCAUGCCACACUGGCUACAUUGGUAAUCAGACAGUUGGUUGUCACAGAGGAGAGAACUAUUGUCCUAACGGAGAGCAAUGUGACAGGAUGGCAAGAUGCAUCAGCUUAGGAUAUGGAGCGUACGCUUGUCAAUGUAUGACAGGAUGGGCAGGCAAUGGCAUGCAUUGUGCUUUGGAUUCCGAUCUAGAUGGUUGGGCAGAUACCCAACUGCCAUGUUCCGACGAAAGAUGCAAAGCGGACAACUGCCCGCAUACACCAAACUCCGGUCAAGAAGAUGCUGAUGGUGAUGGUAUAGGAAACGUAUGUGACCCAGACGCUGAUAAUGAUGGAAUCCUCCAUGGCGACAACUGUCCUCUUCAUCCCAAUCCUGAUCAACUAGACUCAGAAAGAGAAGGUGGAGAUAAAGUAGGGGAUGUUUGCGAUAACUGCCCUUACGAUAAAAACCCUCUGCAGAGUGACAUAGAUAAAGACGGAAAAGGAGAUGCGUGCGAUGAAGAUAUAGAUAACGAUGGUAUCUAUAAUAAUGAAGAUAAUUGUCCAACGAUUUACAACAGAGAACAAAGAGAUGAGGACAGGGAUGGAGUUGGAGAUGAAUGUGACAACUGUCCAAGGCACUUUAACCCAAACCAAGAGGAUCAGGAUCAAAACGGAUAUGGCGACGUAUGUGAUGGAGCCCUGGACACAGACAGAGAUGGUGUUUCUGACAAUAACGACAACUGCAGAACUGUACCAAAUCCGAAUCAAAGGGAUACUGACAGAGACGGCAAAGGAGAUGCCUGUGACAAGGACAUAGAUGAUGAUGGUAUAUACAAUAGAGAAGACAACUGUAUUUUCAAGUACAAUCCAGACCAGAGAGACUCAAACAAUGAUGGGUAUGGAGACGCUUGUCAGGACGAUUUCGAUGACGAUGGAAUCAUCAACGUAAACGACAACUGUCCCAACAAUUCCCUCAUUUACCAAACUGACUUCAGCAAGUUCAAGACCGUUAUUUUGGAUCCGGAGGGCGCCGCACAAAAUGAUCCCAACUGGGUCAUUUACAACGAGGGUGCUGAGAUCGUUCAGACUUUGAACAGCGACCCUGGGUUGGCUGUAGGUCACGACAAGUUCUAUGGUGUAGAUUUCGAAGGAACUUUCUACAUUGAUACUGAAAUUGAUGAUGAUUAUGUUGGAUUCAUAUUCAGUUACCAGAAUAACAAGAGGUUCUACUCAGUUAUGUGGAAGAAGAACGCCCAAACUUAUUGGGAGCCAACUCCGUUCAGAGCCUAUGCAGAACCUGGAAUACAUAUCAAAUUGGUGAACUCAGAAACUGGACCAGGUGAAAUGCUUCGCAAUUCCCUAUGGCACACUGGCGAUACACCGAACCAAGUGAAACUGCUGUGGAAAGACAAGCGUAACGUUGGUUGGAGGGAGAAGACGUCGUACAGAUGGUUCCUCAUCCACAGACCUGCUAUCGGUCUGAUUAGGUUGAAGAUAUUCGAAGGUGAUAAGGAGGUCGCGGAUUCAGGAAACAUAUUCGAGACCACACUGAAAGGAGGACAACUGGGAGUACUGUGCUUCUCACAACAGGAGAUUAUUUGGUCGGAUCUGGUAUAUAGAUGUAAUGAAAACCUGCGAAGAGAGAUCUGGGAAGAACUACCUCAUCAGCUCCAAAGUAAAGUGAGAAUCGACGACACAAGGUCAUACAGUAUCAACUCGCCAAUAAUAUAGUGCCAUUUGUAAUGUCUAGUUAAUACUUGUGAUGUAUGUGAAUUUGGGAAUUAUGGCGUAAAUUACCACUAUUCCUAUAUAUCGGGUGAACAUUUUUGUACUUAUGCAAAUGAAGUUUUUUAUAUAGAUUUAUUAACUUAUAUUAAUUAUGUUCCAGGAAUGUUAUUAUCAUGUUUUCUAAUAAAGCGUUUUUACUUACCA